AUGCGUUAUAUAAUUGAUAAAUAUACUACAUUCUAUGUUUUUUUUCGAUAUUUCUAUGUUUAUUUUAUAUGCCAAAUGCGCAAAACUGUUCGUCUAUAUGACAUAUUGUUUUGUCACUUAGCCCUAAUGAAAAACAUUCUUAAGUUCAUGAAACCAAAAAAGAGCAUGGACACAAAUAAAGAGUGUACUGGGCUGAAAUGCUUUCCAAAAGGAAUUAGAUGUGCCAUGAUUAUUGUAUCUCUUGGUUUGCUAUUUUUUAUCAUGAUGUUUCAAAAGGAGUUCAUAGAAGCAAAUUGCGAUACGAACAUUGGUAUGAAGCUGGCUAUGCUUUCAGUUGCUGCUAUAUAUCCUGUUGCAAUGUCUGUGUUUUAUUUGCAGAACAACUGGAAGUUAAUGAAAGCAAACGGUAAAUGUGGUUUUUUUUCAUAUGCUACUUGUAUAAUUCCAUAUGUUCUUAUAUUUGGCUUUAUUAUGAUUCAAGCAGCAAUCCAGUGCAUUAAGAAAGACUACAAUAAAUGCUCUGGGAUGUUCCAGUCAUGCCUUCUGCCUGCAACCGUACUUUGCUUUCUUUACUCAAUAUGCGAUUUUGAAUUUGAUUCAAUAAGAUAUGUAUACGCAGAUGUAUUUGAUUUAAUUACUGAUAUUGCUGUGCUAUUGAUUCUGAUAACUUUUAUGUUAUGGCAUAUGUACAUUAAUAACAUCAUAGAACACAGUCAAAACAUGUACUGUGUUCUAUACCCAGUGGGUCUUCUUAUGAUUAUCAAGGCAAUCAAGGAGUGUUUUUCGUCACCUCGUGAUUUGGAUUUUAAGAAAGAUAGCUGGCUGAUGAACCUGUUUAUUCUGGCAGUGACAAUAGGUACUGUAGUCAUGGUGUGUGUUAAGAUGAUAGUGAUACUAAACAGGAAUAAUGCAUCCAAUCAUCAGUCAUCUAAUUAA